AUGGCUACGUAUCUGAUGUCCAUAGUCAUAUAUUUCACCGCUUGGAGUACGAUUCCUCGCCUCAUCCCGCCGCGGACAUCUACGAUCAGCAGGAGGGUUUGGCACGAGAUUCAAAACGGGGACGAGAAUAUGCUGCAGAGCGUAGCUCGCUAUUUUACGGCGAAGAGCCCGGACUAUGAUCUUACUGUCCGUGUGCCAUAUGAGAUACCCCACGUCACUCUCUUCUGGCACCCACUCGAACCCAAGGACGGCCGCUCGGAGUUCCUCCUGUACGUGCGCGUCCAUGGCCUGCACGAGCGCGCAGGCAUCGACCUCGCGUGUGCGCUUGACGCCAUCUUUCAUGGACCGUACGAGGAACUGCCGUUGACUUCGGUACUCCGGCUGGGACACGCCAUCGUGCCGGAGGGAACGUUUUGUGCUUUGCUCCUUGACGAGGGCGCGACGGAUACCUACAACCGCGCCGUGCUGACGGGCCUCAACUCUCGCGCGGGUCCUUGCGAACAAGACAUCAUCCGUUCUUACCCUCGUUCAGCGGAUGUGUGGGGGCUCACUGACAAGGACGUCGGUGAUCUACGCCAUGGACUCGAAUUUCUCACCAGCCCUCGCUUCUUCUGGCGACGUUCGAUGGCCGUGGCUGUUGCGUCGCCGUCGUCGAUGGAAGCCCGCUCUUCGCCUGCCGGGUCGCCCGGCCAGCAGCCCGCCUCGCACGCGCCGUACCCGUACCCGGUGCACCAGCAGUCGUCGUCGUCGUCAUCGGCCGGCUCGCCGGCGUCAUCCCCGCCGCCGCAGGGCUGGGCGCCCGGCCCGCCCGCGUUCUACCCGUGGCAGGGCGGCUAUCCUCAGAUGGCGCCCCAGGGCUUCUACGACCCGAACGCGGCCCAGUUCGCGCAGUGGUACCAUCACAUGAUGCUCCAGCAGCAGCAGCAGGGUGGCCAGCGUCCACCAGGCCCCGGACAGGCCCCGCCCCACUUUCCGGCCUUCAACCACCACGCACACAACCCUUUCCCCUCGGGCACUCCCCCUCCCGCGCCCCAGCCCGCCUACGCCCGCCAGCCCCAGCAGCAGCAGCAGCAGCCACAACAACAACAACAACAAACCGGGCCGGGGCAGCAGAACUACGACGGCUUCCACCCGUAUCGCCGGCCCCAGCGGCAGAACACGGCCGAGCAGCACGCCCAGUUCGCCGCGCUCGCCCCCGCCCACCCGCCCUACGCACGUGGCGCAGAUGCCGCCGGCUCCUCCUCGUCCCUCAACUCGACCAACUCCAACUCCACGGGCAGGCCCCGCGAGCGCACCAGCAGCCUCAAGGGCCAGCCCCCGCACCAGCAGCAGCGGCCGUCCCCGCCGCCGACCGCGCACCAGCAGCAACAGCGCAGCCGCUCGCAGCCCGCGCCCUCCAGCCUCUCGCGCGCCGCCGCCGCCCCGCCCAACAGCAACAACGGCCCGCUCGCCCCGCCCGCCCGUCCGCAGCCGCACACACGCACAGGCUCGAGCUCCUCCACCGCCUCUGCCCGUCCCGUCCCCUCGCCCACAUCAUCGCCCUCCGCUCCCGCUCCCGCCCCACCGCCCAGCCAGAGCCAAGCUAAGCCCAAAGCGGCGAGCACCAUCUCCGCCGGCUCGAUCGGCGCGAUCGGCGUGUCGCCCCUGCCGGCCGGCACGCCCGUCGCGCGCACGCCGCGGCCCUCCCCGCUCGGCACCGCGCCGCCCAUCGGCAUGAGCAGCGCCGACAAGCGCAAGUCGCGCGACGACUCGGAGCUGCUGGCUAGUGGGCCCCCUACGAACUUUGGUGAUGGCGCACAUCGGCCCGGUGGACUGAAGGGUAAACUACGCCGUGCGCUCAGUCUGAGCGCGGCGCAGAGCAUCGAGCCGGUCGUCGGCGGCGAGGACGAGGACGGGCCGGAGGGCAGCGCGGCGGGGAAGAAGAAGCGGCGCGCGCUGUUCAGCGCCAAGCUCAACGCGUCGACGGACAACAUCUCGCUCAGCAGCACCAUGUCCUCCGCGUCCGUCGUGAUCCGCAAGCUCGGCUCGCUCGGCAAGAUGGCGCGCCGGAACAGCAUCGCGGGCAUCGCGAGCGUGUUCAAGGGCAAGAAGGGGCGGGACGACGACGAGGACGGCGUGAUCGUCGACGAGCCGCCGCCGGACGACGCUGCGCCUGCUGUAGCGGAGAAGAAGAAGAAGGAGAAGGAAAAGGACAGGAAGAAGGGCAAGGCGGGCGCCAAGGGCGCCGUCGCGCCGCCGUCCGUGUCGAACGCCACGGUCGAGGUCGACCGGCCCUCGGCGGAGUUCACGGGGCUCUCGCCCGCCGCUGAGCUAGCCAGACGACACACGCUCAAGGCGAACGCGCAGGAGGCAGCCCGGAUCGAGGCCGAGCGGCGCGCCGCCGAGGCCGCGGCGAACAGCGCCGGCAAAGACUUGCCGGAGACGUGGGCGAAGAACACCGCCACGCGCGCGGGCGUCGCGGGCGCCGGCGUGUACAGGGUGAACGAGGCCGGCGAGCGCGUGCUGGUCGAAGACGCGGAGACCGACGAGGACCCCGCUGCGCACGAUUAUAGCCACUAUCUGGACGAGGAGGAGGGCGAGUGGAGCCGGAUGGAGGACGCGUACGAGGGCGAGGACGGGGACGGGGACGAGACUGUGCGGAUGCGGCUGAGGCCGGGGGACGAGGAGGGCAGCGAGGACGAGGACGAGGAGGUCGAGGAGUGGGCUGUGGGCUUGCGGCGGAGCGUCGAGCGCACGCUCGUGCCGCAGCGGGGGAUCUUGAAGAAUGCCCGGAACUACGACCAACAUAUAUUCCUCGAGCGCGGCGACCAGUCCGCCGCGCCCGCCGCGCGCGCACGCGCCAACAGCGCAGAGCAAGCCGGCGCGAAGCACCCGCCCGGCGCACUGGCGCGCAUCCCGUCGCCCGAUCCGGAUCACAUCGACGGCCUGCACCGCCAACACGCGCCCACGCUCCCGCCCCUCUCAUUCACCGACUCGCCCGGCGCCUCGGACGCCGAAGACACUCCUUCCACCACCUCGCACUCCAAGCUCUCCCAAUCCGUCUUCUCGCGCCCCGCCCUAAACAGCUCCGCGCCCGUCCUCUCGCUCGACGCCCCUAGCCCGCCGACGCUCACGCACCGCGCGGCGACCGCGCCCGCCAAGCGCCUCACGUUCGCCAGCAACCUCAGCGUGUACGACACGUUCCCGGGCCAGGUGUACGAUCGGCGGAGCGAGCCGGCGACGUGGAGCCGGCUCACGCCGGCGCUGGCGCAGCGGAUUAAGGAGGAGCUGAAUAGCUUUAAGAUGGAGGAGAUGGAGGUGCAUGCUGCUAGUCGCAUCCACACGCAGUUCUUCGUAUAG